CUCAAGUCAGAAGCAACCCAUGCGGCGAGAGGCUACGAAUGCGCCGUCUACAUUUGCGUAUGUGUAUUCGUGGCUGCUCACCGCAUGCGUUUGUAGGUCUGUACGCGCCUUUAUAGAUUAAAUAUGAGCAAAUGAAUAAAGCAAAGACGGUAGUGUGAUGGCAUGUGACCAAUCUUGUCUUUGCUGAUUGAUACAUUCAAGGCCUAUUGUCACGCCCAUUUUCGUAUUCUGGCAGUGUUAAUCAUAAUAUUUUAGGCUCUAUGCUCCUUUUUGUUUUGUGGCUCCACGCAAUGAAGGCAACCCACAAACCUCUAACUUAACCUCAUUUGGAAAUUUUAAUGUUAUGUUUUUCUUUGAAAGUGGCAUCCAUGAUAAUAAAUGUAGCUUAAUGUAAGCUAGAUUUUUAUAUGUCUAUGCGAAGUUGUAAGCUGUGCAGUAACAGACCUUUUUACAACUGGUGGGCUUUAAAAUGCCUCUGAGGGUGUCUGCUCUAAUGGAACACAUUGUAAUAGGGUCCGUUUUGUCUACUAUGUUUCUCAUAUUCCAGUACUCCUUACAUAAAAUAGACGAGGGACAUGUGGGUGUUUAUUUUAGGGGUGGCGCUUUGCUACCGACAACUAGUCAACCAGGAUAUCAUAUGAUGAUACCAUUAUUAACCACUCAUAAGGCUGUUCAGGUGACAUUGCAAACAGAUGAGGUAAAAAACGUUCCUUGUGGCACAAGUGGAGGUGUCAUGAUAUAUUUUGAUCGUAUUGAGGUUGUCAAUCACCUGAAAGCAGAAAGUGUUCUGGAUAUAGUAAGGAACUAUACAGCUGAUUAUGAUAAGACCCUUAUUUUCAAUAAGGUUCAUCAUGAGCUGAACCAAUUUUGUAGUAGUCACACAUUGCAUGAAGUGUACAUUGAUCUGUUUGAUCAAAUUGAUGAAAAUCUGAAACAAGCACUACAAAAAGACCUUCUUGAAAUGGCACCUGGUCUUACCAUACAAGCUGUUAGGGUUACCAAACCUAAAAUACCAGAAGCAAUCAGGAAAAAUUAUGAAUUGAUGGAAGGUGAAAAGACUCAACUGUUGAUUGCUGUUCAACAUCAAAAGGUUGUAGAGAAGGAUGCUGAGACUGAACGGAAAAGAGCAGUAAUAGAGGCAGAGAAGGAAGCGCAAAUCGCAAGGAUCCAAUUUGACCAAAAAAUUAUGGAAAAGGAAUCCUUACAACAUAUUGCUCAAAUUGAAGAUGAAAUGCAUCUUGCUAGACAAAAGAGUCACACAGAUGCAGGAUUUUAUAAAAUGCAACAGGAGGCUAAAGCUAACACUUUACUCCACACGCCAGAAUACAUAGAGCUGAAAAAGUAUGAGGCUUUGGCUCAAAAUACUAAAGUAUACUUUGGAACAGAAAUACCACAAUCAUUCCUAGCUACAGAUUACCUGGCAACACUUGGAAAAAGUGGAAAAGUUAGUCAUAGUAAUGAUGAUCCCAGAGGACGUUGAAUUGACUAAGGUUUUUGAUUUGGUUUUUAAAAUUUGCUGUUAUAGAUGCACCAGAACUCACUCAGGGCUCAACUGAUGUUGACUGUGAUCAUUGUUGAAAUAGUUACAAGAUAGAGUUAAAUUAUUUUUGAAUAUUUGUAUUAUCAUCAGUUCUUUUGAAUAAUCAAUUUCUGACAGUCCUGAAUGGUCAUUUACAGUGGAACAGAUCAGUUCAUUGCAUAGCUAGGCAACAUCAUAUCAAUGAUUUGUUUAGAUGACCAUAUUGGACUGUCUCUUAUAGUCAGAAAUUUCUUGUUGAUAAUAACUGUAUAUGUGUCUUGGUCGCCGUGAACACAGAAUAUCUAUCUAAUACACACGUUGAUAUGAACAGGAGUUCGCACAUCGUUUAACGGACAUCCUAUUAAUUAGAGAUUGAGCUAUGUAGCAUUUGGACGAGUAAGGAUAGUAGCAUGUAUAUGAUUUUUUGGAUGUGAGCAUCCGCAACAGCCAAUAUGUUUAGUAAACAACUUGAGAUAUAGGAAAAUUGGGUACCGAUGGGAUCGCGCCUCGCACGAUGAUACCGUGGUGCGUGUGCACGAGGCUGCGUGGUGAAACUAGAAAGCGGAUAUCUUGCCAAUUUGGUUUGUUUAACUUGAAUGCCGCCAGAUGGGGUACCAAGGCAGCUUGAGAGAACUAGGAGCAUUGGCGUGGGUCGGAUUGAAUUUGCCUCUAACAUAUGAAAGUUGGCAGCUGGUGCUGUAGACUAAUUUAUUAGAGCGGCUCGACGGAAUGGAGGAAAUGCGGCUUCGAAUUCCAGUUGUUAUGCAGAGCAUCCCGCUACCUCUCUUUCACUUCCGCUGCCGAGUUGUUCAAAACGCGUAUCAUACGUCAGUCAAGCGACACGAUUGUUCGAGGUCAUAGGUCAUAUAAAUUGGACCAAAAAUUCAAGGUGAUUUUUAGGGGGUUUCUCGGUUGCGUGUUUUAGAUAUGCUGUGCCAACUGAGUUGUGUAGUUUUUUUUACUUACGCUUCUUUGUUCAACAUAUUUAUUAUUUACUAAAACAUACUGCAUUUAUCCGUCCGACCAAAGACAGCCAACCCUGGACAAUUCUUUCCUGUUUUUUGCCUACUCAUUAGCAUGGUCUAGGUUUGGUCAAUCGUCCCUGGACAACAAAUAAAAGCAUAACGACUAUCCUCUAUCCAGGAGGUACAGUCUAUCGAAUUUGUGGAUGUUUUACAGUUUCAUUUUUGUCAUAUAAGAAUACUGAAAUUUUCACCUAUAGUAGAUGUCUAAAUGUGAUUUCAUCCAUAUUGUAUUUGAAUACAUAAAUAAGUGAACCAAAAUCGUUGUUUUUUUCAGAAAUUUUAUUAAAAACAAAUUAUAUAUCUGUCCAUAAAUAUAUAAUAAACAUCUUUUUACAAAUCGCCAUAUGCAACUCUAAGGGCAACGUGGCAACUUAUAACUGUGUUUCAAAUAAAUAGAAGUGGGAACACAAAAAUCAGAAUAUUUGAGCAAUUAAUUUUGCAUACAUAGGAAACAACAUGCAUUUUUGGUAGGUGUGUGUAUUCCUACAUUUAAUGAACAUUUAUAAAC